AGUAAACUACAGAGUAGAUCAGUAAACUACAGCAGAAUGAUGGCCCUCAGAGGUCAGCAUCUCAGCAUCCUGUCGGCCAUCUUGUAGUGGGAGGACAGAUUGAUGCGGUGACACGCGGAAUGUUUGGUGCUACCAGGAAGAAGUUCAUGGAGGGGGGGAUCGAGAGCGAGUACGCUUCGGACGACUCCAGCCUCUACUACAACCACACGUCCAUGUUCGCUCCUCACCGGGCCGAUAAAGAUAUGCUGUCGUCUUCCUCCUCAUCCAGUCAGCUGUCGCAGCUGGGAGCCAGUUUAUACGCCCCACAGAGUGCUCUGGGUUUCCCCAUCCGUGGGAUCAACAGCAGCGCGGCGCCGCAGCUCAGUCGAAGCUCGCUGACCCAACCCGCCGGCCAGCUCUCCAAUCACACCAGUACUCCCAACUCUGGACCGCUGCACACGCCCUCGUCGCCCAACAGGGCCUCCAUCAUGCCCUUAACCAGCAGCCGCAGCGUCCUGAACCACAACCAGCAGGUGGGCGGUCCCACGGGGCAGACGGGCGGAGGAGAGCGAGGCGGCGGCGGCACAGGGCGGAGCGGCACCAUGGGGAGUCCCAGCAGGUCGUCUCCCAGCAUCAUCGGCAUGCCCAAACAGCAGCAGGCGCGGUUCUCCUUCAACAGGAAUCCAGGGUUCAACAUGAGCAACUCCUUAACCAGCAACAUUUUCAACGGCACAGACGGCAGUGAGAAUGUGACGGGGUUGGAUCUGUCCGACUUCCCGGCGUUGGCGGACCGGAGCCGGAGAGACGGGAGUUCGAACCCGACCCCGCAGCUGAACCCGCUGGCCGGCCGGGCGCCCUACGGUAACACACAGACGAUACAGAACAUCCUUGGCAUGGUAACCAAGCCAUCCAGCGAACAGUCGCAGGACUUUUCGAUCCAUAAUGAAGAUUUCCCAGCUCUCCCUGGUCCAAACUACCAAACUAAAGAUCCCAGCAGCAACAGCGACGACAAAACGAACCUGAACUCGUCGGGAAAGGCGUCUUCGAGCGCCGACGGUCCCAAGUUCCCCGGCGAUAAAAGCUCGGCUCCGAGCAACAACAACCAGCAGAAGAAAGGCAUCCAGGUUCUUCCCGAUGGCCGAGUGACCAACAUUCCCGUCGGCAUGGUAACGGACCAGUUUGGAAUGAUCGGCUUGUUGACGUUCAUCCGGGCAGCAGAGACGGAUCCUGGCAUGGUUCACCUAGCGCUGGGCUCAGACCUCACCACACUGGGCCUGAACCUCAACUCACCUGAGAAUCUGUAUCCUAAGUUUGCGUCUCCGUGGGCGUCGGCGCCGUGUCGGCCGCAGGACAUUGACUUUCACGUCCCGUCAGAGUAUCUAACCAACAUCCACAUAAGGGACAAGCUAGCAGCCAUCAAGUUGUCUCGGUACGGAGAAGAUCUGCUGUUUUAUCUCUACUACAUGAACGGAGGAGACCUGCUCCAGCUGCUGGCUGCAGUAGAACUUUUUAACCGGGACUGGCGGUAUCAUAAAGAGGAGCGGGUUUGGAUAACGCGGGCCCCUGGGAUGGAGCCCACGUUAAAGACCAACGCCUACGAAAGAGGGACCUACUACUUCUUCGAUUGUCUCAACUGGAGGAAGGUUGCCAAGGAGUUUCAUCUCGAAUAUGACAAACUAGAAGAGCGACCUCAUGUUCCCUCCACUUUCAACUACAAUCCUGCCCAGCAGGCCUUCUGAUUGGCUCUUCCUCCUUCCUGACUGCCUGCCAUUGGCCAUCCUGGCUCAUCAGUCCCGCCCCUGGAGGUUUUCCCGCCUCCUCCACUCACAUGAAUCUGGCCUGUAAGGACUCAGGACGGUGCCCACCUCUCUGACAGACUUCAUCAUUUUACCUUUUUCUCUUUUACGUUUGUCUUUUACCUCAUUUCUGUUUUUAUUUUAUUCCCGCUUCUUCUCCAUGACUUGUUUUGGUCUGGUGAGUGAAACAGACAGAGCUGGUAACAACUCAAACACUCACUGUUGUUUUCUAAAGAAGCUUUUGUGGAGAAACAGGUUUUAACAGAGAAAACUGGGUUUACUCGCCCGUCAGGAUGGAGAAUUUUUCACUCUGUGGUGCAGAAGAAGCUGAAAAUAUUUUUCGUUUUUACCAGAAUUACAGAUCAGGACACACAUCACCACUCAGUGGGCAAUCAGGAGACAAAAUGCAAUGUACAUUGUAGCACUAUUUCAUAAUAAAAGAGAAAAUAUAUAUAUUUUUUCUGUUUUCUUGAUGUUAUGUAGAGAACUCAGAAACGCCACUUUAACUGGAACGGGUUGGUUUGUGUUUCCUGAAGCUUUUUUUUUUUAGGAAACUCAGUUAUUUACAUAAAAACGAUGUUUUUUAUUGUCAACAAAUCACAACCAAAAGACUAACAUUUAAAACUCCUGUCGUUUAAAAACAGUAAAGUCUUCAUGAAGGUGUGUAGUUUUAAAGCAAACCUUAGUCUUCUCUAAAGUUUUUCUUUUUAAAAUAGAUUUUAAAAAAAACAACCUAAGACGUUUGAAACAGAAAAAUAACAAAAAGUUCAAUUUAAUAUCAAUAGGAAUAUUGAUCAUGAAGAUUUUUUUUUCCUUUUUCAUGGAGCAAAUAAAAAUUAAAUUUAAAAUUUUAUAGUUAAAUGUAGGAAAACAUAAACACAUCCAUUUGUCUGUAAAUAUUUAAAGGCUCUAGAUUCUGAUUUGGGCAAAAUAAUUUAUUCAAUUUCUCAUAAAAUUUCAUCAAAAUCCUUUACUUUUCUCUAAAAAUCUGACCAUCAACAAUAAUUUUCAUCUAAUCAGAUAUUUCUGCUGAGUUGGCUGAAGCUGGCAGCCAUUUUGUAGCAUUAUUGAACAUUUUGUUUAUCUAAUAUAAAAACAGCCAAAGAAAUGUCAGACAGUAAAAAUCUGCUCCGAUUUUACUGCUAAACAAACAAGCUUAGAGUUUUUAAAUGUUUAUAAUAUUUAAUGGAGGCUCUUAUGUCUCUUCUGGAUGUUUUCCUGUUUCCUACCAUCUGCUGGAAACCUGCAGCACUCGUUUGGUUUUCAUGAUAAAAUAUGCCAAAAAUCUACAGAAUCGUUUGGAAGUUUCAGUCAGAAAUAAAAGCUGCUUAAAAGCCUGACUUUAGAGAAUAUUUUAAACUUGUUUCAAGUGUGAUUUUGUGCAUUUGUUGACAGUAAAAAACAGCGUUAAACCUCUUACCUCUGUUUGUUUACCUAUAAAGGAAGAUUUUAGUUCAGAUUGUUCUGGACUCAAAUGGAAACAGCAGCCUUUCUUCAGGUCACAGUCAGCUCUGACCUUUACUGUCUUCUGUUUUAUCCAAACAUCCAUGUUUGUUUUUCCAUUCCUCUUUGUUUUUAUUCCCUGCUACAUUCGUCCUCUUUCCCCCCAGAAGCUACUCUGACUUUUUGGUUUUCUUGCUGAAAUCUUCAUGAUUGUGUUUUCCUGCUUUGGGACCAUUUAAUCUGAAGGAAGCGUGUCAUUUUUACCUUUUAGAGCAGCUUUCUAGAGGUGCUAAUUGAUGCGGGUGGAGCAGCUGCUUCCACCUGCCAUCCUGCUCAGCUAAUUUACAGCUGGCUGUAAUUAGUGGAUGGAGACAAAAACCCAACUCAGACUGUCCGCAAGAAAACCAAACCAGACUUCUUCAUUUUUUUUUACUUUACAUUCAGUUACCUUAAACUCCCUCCAGGAGGCGCCACUGGGCCAUCUGGGUGAAUUCUGAAUAAAUAUUCACGACACCAAGGCAGCAGAACGAAAGAAAGAGAAAUUGGCCCCAAACAAGGAGACCCGGCCUCUGAAUGAUGCAAUAUGAGACUUCCUGUUAUGUCGGUCGCCAUGACAACAGCUUGGUCAUGCCACAAGCAACAAGCCAAGGACACGCCCACAGACCCAUGUGACCUGUCUGAGGAGAUUUGAUUGGAGGACUUAGCCGUUGGCUGUUUUAUCAAAUAUGGCAGCUAGUGUUUUAAUAGGAAAAGAAGAAUAAAAUAAAUAUUCUGGUAAUGAAACUGAA